UUAAGGGUUCUGGUGAGAUGCUCUAAGGGGUGUAUUUGUAAUUUACUUGAUAAAAUAUCAACUUUUAUGCAGUGCCAAACAGCAUCUAAACAAGGCAACUUGUAAUACAGUGCCACCUGUUUAAACCCUCCCGCUCUUACGCGUCUACUCUCUCUGAUGCGACGAAGCUUUGGCCGACAAUGGCGGCGAUCACAUCACGAACCCCGACGACUCAUCUUCACCGCCAAAUCAACUCCAAAUCCUCGCCGUCCGAUCAAAAACUCAUCACAAUCGUCAAACUUCCGGUAGCUCAUUCCGAACGGCGUCGUAGCUUGGCCGUCUUGGCUUCUCUCCAUCGCGACAAUGGCGAUGAAUCGCCCAACGCCUAUGGAAGCAAGAACAAGAACAAUUCAAUCGAGUUCCAGAAGCUUCUAGAAGACUCGCCAAAUGAAUUCAACUCAAAAGACAUAAACUCACUUCCAAGGCCUUUGAGUUCUACGCAUCUCUCCGUCUCUGAUCGGUCUCGCCUUCGUGUUGCCUAUCAGGGAGUUGGUGGUGCGUAUAGCGAGUCUGCGGCGGAGAAGGCGUAUCCCAAUUGUGAAGCUGUUCCUUGCGAACAAUUCGAAACUGCUUUCGAUGCUGUGGAACGGUGGCUUGUUGAUAGAGCAGUUUUACCAAUUGAGAAUUCUCUAGGGGGAAGCAUUCAUAGGAAUUAUGACCUUUUACUUCGUCACAGAUUGCAUAUAGUUGGGGAAGUGAAACUUGCGAUCCGCCAUUGUUUACUGGCUAACCAUGGUGUUAAAGUUGAAGACCUGAAGAGGGUUCUAAGCCAUCCGCAGGCUCUUGCACAGUGUGAGAACACACUAACAAGGUUAGGAAUGGUCAGGGAGGCUGUGGAUGAUACUGCUGGUGCAGCAAAGUUUGUUGCUUUCCAAAAACUCAAGGACACUGGAGCAGUUGCUAGCUCUACUGCUGCAAGUAUCUAUGAUAUGGAUAUACUUGCUCAAGAUAUUCAGGAUGACUCUGACAAUGUCACUCGAUUUCUAAUGCUUGCAAGAGAACCUAUAAUUCCUGGCACUGAUAGGCCGUUCAAGACUAGUAUAGUUUUCUCGCUUGAGGAAGGUCCUGGAAUGCUUUUCAAAGCACUAGCUGUUUUUGCAAUGCGAGAAAUUAACCUAACCAAGAUUGAAAGUCGCCCACUGCAGAAGCAGGCCUUGGGAGCACUUGAUGACAGCAAUAACGGGUUUCCAAAGUGCUUCCCUUAUCUAUUCUAUGUAGAUUUUGAAGCGUCAAUGGCUGAACAAAACGCACAGAAUGCCCUUGGGCAUUUAAAGGAGAUGGCUACAUUCUUGAGAGUGCUGGGGAGUUACCCGGCAGACAUUAGCAUUGCAUGAAUGGCCAUUCUAGCCUGGGUUCUUGAAGGGAUUUUCGGGUUUUCCAGUGCCAAAGAGAUUUGCCUAAAUUUUUGUUUUCUUUGUUCAAGGAAUUAAGUUUGCCCUCAUCAAAAGAUAUGUACAGAAAUUAUAACUAGAAUUUUUAGUCUGUUUUCAGUUUAGAAGAUAUGCUCGUUUUGUUCUCACAACAUGCUGAAGCAUCACUCAAACUUAAGGUUGUUUUAUUCACUUUUCAAUGUGCAUAUGAUUUUUGGUUUUCAAAAUCUUGUUCCUCUUUUAGACAAGAGGGGUACACUUGAGCUGUUGAUGUUUAUUUGGAGAUGCAACCCACAACCUCUCCCUUACAAUCACCAAGUGUUGCUUCCAGGCUAGUAACUUUGACUCACUUUUAAUAUUGUAAUUUGUAUCCUUUAAUUUUUUUUAAAAAAUUCUGAGGGAACCCCAGCCACAAAACUUUGUUGUAGUGUUAUUUUUUAAUAAUAAAACUUUUGGGCAAAUUAAACA